GUUAUUCUUCAAUCCAGCAAUAACCUAUAUCGUUGUCCAGAAAAGACAUCAUUUACGAAUGUUGAACCUGGAACGGUAGUUGACACCGAAGUAACGCAUCCAAGAGAAUUUGAUUUCUACCUUUGUUCACAGUAUGGAAUCCAGGGAACUUCGAAACCCGCACAUUAUCACGUACUUUACGACGACAGUGAUUGGUCAUCCGACGCCCUACAACAGUUCACAUAUUUCCUAUGUCACGCAUACAUGCGUUGUCCAAGAAGUGUAUCCUUGCCAGCACCGACUUACUACUGUAUGAAUCGUCCUUUGGCGUGCUGGGAGCCCAUGAUUGUUUUUUUCUGGUUUUGGCUACAGGCUGAUCAAUUAUGA